GAGUGUAACCUCAUGACAACAGUAAUGAAUGACUUAAUUUGUAUUGUGACAUCAUCACUGACAGUUUGGUAUCAUUCUGGUUAGGAACAAAUGCAUGUGCAGCAAGCUUUGGAGGAUAAGAUGGAUUAAAUAUAGGUGUGUUGGUGAUGUAUGUGUCUGUCACCAUCUAGUUUGACAGUUCUAGUUAUUUGUUUCUUUUGGCCAUUGAGAGGUAGGGAUUCAGGAUUCUUGGGACUACUGUUUGAAAGUUGUCCCACCAUCCAGCCCAUAGUAUCCAGUCCUCAAGACAUCACUGGACCCAACACUGGACAGUUGUUGAAAAGUUGUGGUUGACAACUGCAGAGAAUCCUGGACAAAAUUAAUUAUUUCAAUCCAUUUCGUUUGGGCUCCAGACUGGGGCACACUACUGAGAAAGCAUUGCUUGUGCUUGUUGAUGACCUUUGAAAGAAGUAAGACCAUCGUUUUGACUUCGUUGCUUCAAGACAUGACAAGCUAAAGCUACCCUACUGAGAUCUUGGAGGAUGUGGAUUCAUCUUUGCAGUGGGUUGCUACCGGUGAACUGCCAAACGAAAAAAUGGAUGCCUGUGAUUUUCCGACCACUCCCAGAGGGAAAUGGAAUCUUCAAGACUCUCCUUUACAGUAUCUAAAGGAUAUAGCCCCAAACUGCCACAUUAGCCCAAACAAUAAGGAAAGUUUCCGGAACUCAACUCAUGAGGAAACCAGACAGUGAAGAGUUCAACGUCAAGAGCAAACGACAGCCCAGGAUGAUUCUUAACCUGAAGGGUGCUGAUUGAAAACUUAGAUUGCCCUCUAAAUAACGGCUGAACUUGCCUCCUUCUGUUCACUUUGUCAAAAGAAAGGAUUUUCAAUUAAGGUCCCUUUAGAUGGAAUUUUAUGCAGCAGAAACCUUGUCAACAGAAGAAUUAAUGUUUGAGUUAGCAUUUUGGCAAUAGAAAAAAAAAAUUCCAAAGCUGAGCAGUGAAGGUCAACAGACAGCCUCAAACCUGGAUUCUUCAGCUCAUCGUUCAACAUUGGAGUUUUUAAAUCCUUGUGAUAGAGAAACCAUUGCCAAUGCUUACAAGGAACUGCUUAUCCCUGCUUCUCUGGGUCCUGUUCAAUGGAGGUAUCUUAAUGUUACUUCAUUCGCAACCACAACAGAUUUCAAAAGCUGAGUCAAGGAGAAAUGUUGUCACCAACCCUGAAAGGAGGAUACCCACCUUACGGGUCAAGAGAGGCUGGGUCUGGAAUCAGUUUUUUGUCCUGGAAGAAUACAUGGGCUCCGAACCCCAGUACGUGGGAAAGCUUCAUUCUGACUUGGACAAGGGAGUGGGAAGUGUUAAGUAUACAUUAUCAGGAGAUGGAGCUGGUACAGUAUUUACCAUUGAUGAAACUACAGGGGACAUUCAUGCCAUAAAGAGCCUUGAUCGUGAAGAGAAGCCUUUCUACACCCUACGUGCUCAAGCAGUAGAUAUUGACACAAGGAAGCCAUUGGAGCCUGAAUCAGAGUUCAUCAUCAAAGUGCAGGACAUUAAUGAUAAUGAACCAAAAUUCCUUGAUGGGCCUUACAUUGCCAGUGUCCCUGAAAUGUCACCAGUAGGGGCAUAUGUGCUGCAGGUCAAAGCAACUGAUGCUGAUGACCCAACUUAUGGAAACAGUGCCAGAGUGGUUUAUAGCAUUCUUCAGGGACAGCCAUAUUUCUCCAUUGAUCCCAAAACAGGUGUUAUAAGAACAGCCUUGCCAAACAUGGACAGAGAAGUUAAGGAACAAUAUCAAGUUCUCAUUCAAGCAAAAGACAUGGGAGGUCAACUCGGGGGACUGGCUGGAACCACAACAGUGAAUAUCACUCUGACUGAUGUCAAUGACAACCCACCAAGAUUUCCCAAGAGUAUCUUCCACCUAAAAGUACCAGAGUCAUCUCUUGUUGGUUCAGCUGUUGGAAGAAUCAGAGCAGUGGAUCCUGACUUUGGGAAAAAUGCUGAAAUUGAAUAUACCAUAGUUCCAGGAGAUGGGGGGAACUUAUUUGACAUUAGCACAGAUGAGAACACACAAGAAGGAAUCAUCAAACUGAAAAAGCCACUGGAUUUUGAAACAAAAAAGGCAUACACUUUCAAAGUAGAGGCUUCGAAUGUCCAUCUUGACCAUCGCUUUCAUUCUGUGGGUCCAUUCAAGGAUACAGCAACUGUGAAGAUCAAUGUCCUAGAUGUGGAUGAGCCUCCAGUUUUCAGCAAACCGUUUUACACCAUGGAAGUAUAUGAAGAUACUCCAGUUGGGACCAUUAUAGGAGCAGUUACUGCCCAGGACUUGGACAUUGGAAGCAGUGCUGUCAGGUACUUCAUAGACUGGAAGAAUGAUAUGGAUAGCUACUUUACUAUAGAUGGAAUGGAAGGAACUAUUGCCACAAAUGAGUUACUUGAUAGAGAGAAUACUGCGCAAUACAAUUUUUCAAUAAUUGCAAGUAAAGUUAGCAAUCCACUCUUGACCAGCAAAGUUAAUGUCAUCAUAAAUGUCUUGGAUGUCAAUGAAUUUCCUCCAGAAAUUACAGUACCCUAUGAAUCUUAUGUGUGUGAAAAUGCACGACUGGGACAGGUAAUUCAGGUUAUUGGUGCAGCAGACAAGGAUUUGUCUCCUGCUGGGCAAAAAUUCUCUUUUCGACUGUCUCCUGAAGUUACUACAAAGCCAAAUUUCACAGUCCACGAUUUCACAAACAACACAGCAGGAAUUGUAGCUGGCAGAAGUGGUUACAGCCGUCGACAGCAAGAGUUCUAUCUCCUUCCAAUUGUCAUUGAAGAUAGUAGCUACCCCAAACAAAGCAGUACAAACACAAUGACAAUCCGAGUUUGCAGAUGUGACUCUGAUGGCUCCGUCCUCUCAUGUAAUGCUGAAGCAAUAUUCUUGCCUGUUGGACUCAGCACGGGAGCAUUGAUUGCAAUCCUGUUGUGUAUUAUUAUACUCCUAGUUAUUGUGGUUCUUUAUGUGGCCUUGAGACGGCAGAAGAAAAAAGACACCCUAAUGACCUCAAAGGAAGAUGUUCGAGACAAUGUCAUUCAUUAUGAUGAUGAAGGAGGGGGUGAAGAAGACACUCAGGCCUUUGACAUUGGGGCUUUAAGGAAUCCCAAAGGAAUCGAAGAUAACAAAAUACGCAGGGAUAUUAAGCCAGAUGCUCUCCGCUUGCCUCGCUCAAAACCACCCACAGAGGACAACACAAAUAUUAGAGAUUUCAUAAAUCAAAGGCUGAGAGAAAAUGACGGAGAUCCAUUAGCUCCCCCUUAUGAUUCACUAGCAACUUAUGCUUACGAAGGAAAUGGAUCUGUAGCUGAAUCUCUCAGCUCUAUAGAUUCUGUUGCAACAGAAGCAGAUCAGGAUUAUGACUAUUUGAGUGACUGGGGACCACGCUUUAAAGUCUUAGCAGAGAUGUUUGGAGAAGAAGAAAGUUAUAAUCCAGAUAAAGUCACUUAGCUGGAGGUGGAGGAGGACCAUGAAGGAAAAGUAAACCCACUAGUUUUACACACAAAAAAACCAAGCUUUAUAGAACAAGUUUCAUUGAUUAUAAGAGACAAAAGCUGUUUUCAGCAAGUUCCUUUAUUUAUCAUACCACGGAUCUUGGUUUACUAUUUUUGAGGGAAAGAAUGUUCUUUGACUAUUUUUUUUGUUAUUGUUGUUGUUGUUUUGAUGGUGGUGGCUGGGUUAAUUUAAUUUAAUUUUUUUAACUUUAUUACUUUGAAGUCACACUGAGAUUGUCUUGGGCCUAUUAGCUACAAUUUAUCGAUACAUCAAACAGAAAGUAUAGCUUUCCGGCAUUGUGGUGGAAGAGUGGUAGAUUUUUCUUAAUUCCACUGAAGUGCCUAUUGAAACUCUUACCAGUAAAGUGGAAAUAACCGCAGCAACAGAAUUAAGGAAAAACAGGAUAAAAGAAAGGACAUUAACUUUUAUCUGGAGACACAAAAGACACCUGCUGACUGCUGAUUCUUUUAAAACAUACAGUGUAGAAGAGAGAGUAGAAUCUGUCAGUGGCUGAAACUUGUUGAGGUAAAUGUCAGGUUUGUUUUGGGAGGGGUUGUUUUGUUUCAUGUUUUUUUAAAAAAAAAACCAAGAAAACAAACUGUCUGAUAGGACAACGUCUUUCUUAUGCUUACAUUUCAGAGAGAAAAUUUUUGAAAAAGCUAGUAUUCCAAUUGAAGUUGUAAGAUCCAGUCUUAAACUGAAAUAAUGAAUAUUUAAAAUGUUUAUCAAAUGUUAUUCUUUUUUCCCCCCAAGAAUUAAAAAAUGAGAUACAGAAGUAUGCAUAGAC